AUGCAACACCGCGAGCAUGUCUUCGGUGGAGGAACCCAGUUGACUGUCCUUGGACAGCCAAAGGCCUCUCCUACCGUCCACCUCUUCCCUCCAUCCUCGGAAGAGGUCAGCAGCAAGAGCAAGGCCACGCUGGUGUGUCUGAUCGACAGCUUUUACCCCGGCUCAGUCCAGGUCACCUGGAAAGCUGAUGGCACCCCCAUCAUCAAUGGAGUGGAGACCCCCAAGCCAUCCAAACAGAGCCCUCCAAACAACCAGCACGUGGCCAGCAGCUACCUCGCCGAGCGCCUCUGACUGGAAGGGCCACGAGACCUACACUCUUCUUCAUCAUAUUGCUGAGGUUGAAGGAGCUAAGCCCCAAGGGAGGGGUCACCUCCUCCACAC